GAAAGUAGAGUUCUAGAUCAUUUGAUUUAAAAGUAUUUUAUUGGCGAAUGUGGGUACCCUAUGAAAGGAGUUCCAUACCUUUAUUUUUUUUUUAACACCUUAAUUUUUUUAAAGCGAUCUAAGGGCCUGUGGUUACAACUGUUGGAAAAGGACAUUUUAGAGAAUUUACUUUGCAUUAUUUUGACAUGCCUGAGGAAUUAAGUGAGAUUCCUGAAAGUUAUUUACCAACUAAUGUGCAUCUACUUCACAAAGAAAAACGUGAGAAGAUAUUUCAUCAAACAAUGGACAAAAUCCUUGAUAAAAUCUUAGUCAGAUUUUGGGAUUUGGAGGAUGACCAGUCUUCUCUGAUUUUGGACUUGAAAGUUAACAUUCAGAGCAAUGAAUUUCUGAUACAAGCUCCUGUUCAAAACGGAUAUGCCAAAUUGAAUUUGCGCAAGGGAAAAGAAAAUAGGAUUACCAUUAUACAAAUACCUAUUGCUUUGCUUACAAUUGGCAAAUCAGUUCAAUUGACUGUAAAUGGCGUAAUAGUAACUGCAACAAGAAUUAACAAGGAAACUGAUGACAUUCAGAAUUACUCUUUGUGUUUUCUACAGUAUGUAUUUCUUAUUUGGAAUUUCAUGGAUGCCAUCAAAGAAGGUGAUAUAUUGAGAACAAAUGUAUGUUUGAAAACAAUGAUUCCUUUGUUUUACUGUCACUCGGAACUAUCAAAAUAUCUUGCCGAAUGUAUUGAUUACAUUCAGAAGACCGAAAUUCUCCUUUCUACAAAGAUGUCCAUGAAAGUGAGAGCAAGUUCAUUCAUCAAUAAAAGUGGGCGCACUGGAAAAAAUAAACCCGCAGACAUCGAAAAAGAAAAUCAGGUUAAACUUUUAAAGGAACUUAUUAGAGGACUUGGUUCCAAUAAAACAGAGAAUGCUAUUAUUGGAAUCUCUAAAGCUGCACCAGUUAUAGAAUCUGUAGUCCAUCAGUUUGAUGAAGAAGCAGGAAUCUGUGAGCUCAGAACGACACAUAAAUCAAGAUCUCUGGAAAAUGACCUUAUGGUAAUGUUAGAGAAAACCAGGGAACUGGAUCCAUUUAGUAACCAAGGGAGAAGUUUGCAUUCAUUCAAGGGAAUAAAUGCUAAUCCUGUUUAUACUGUAAACAAGGAGAAAUUUCAAUAAGUUGUCUUAAGAACGGCACAGAGAUUGCGCAGGGGACACAUUUCUGACCACAGAGAAGAUGCUAGUGACGUCGAGAGUGGUGAUAGUGAUGAUCCCGAUUCUCUUUUUGAGUGAAGUAA